AUGGAAAAAGAUGAGGUUUACAAGGAUGGCCGGCAUGGGUUCGGGCAUUUGGAGCACGGGCAACCGAACGCACAGCAGCCCGGGUAUGGAUUGCAGCAGGGUCCGCACGUACCACAAGGGCCGCAUGGACCGCGCGUUAUACACGGACCGCACGGGCUACAGCAGGGACCACAAGGUCCGCACGGACCGCAAGGUGAGCACGGACUGCAUGACGACGGUCCGCAGCAAGGUCCACAUGUUCCACAUGGGCCGCAGGGGCUGCAUGGGCCACAUGGUCCGCAGGGGCUACAUGGGCCACAUGGUCCGCAAGGUUGGCACGGUCCGCCUGGUCGGCAUGGUCCACACGGACCGCAGGGGCCACAAGGGCCAGUCGGGCAACCAUAA